GCUCGAUAUUGGAGCCCCCGGACUACUGCAAACUUCAACCAUCUCCCGUAGUUCGCGAACCGCCCGCAGCGGUCAUGUCAGCUACCCAGAUACAGGAGCUCUUCAAACGCUUCGACAAGGAUGGCAAUGGCAGGAUCUCCGUCACAGAGCUCCAGAACGUGCUCACCUGGAUCAACAAGGACAUCACCGUGGCGGAGAUCGGGAAGAUCUUAAGGGAGGUGGAUACCAACAACGAUGGGGCCAUCGACUACAAUGAGUUUGUGGCCUGGACCCAGGGCGGCAAGAAGAGCGUCACGGGGAAGAAGAAGGCCAACCAAUGGGUGCCGGAUCUGCAGGUGGGUCCAGAGGGACCGUCGGUCCGUCCGUCGCACCAACGCGCUGUCCGUCGCCAGGGCGAAGGCGUUUUGGUUUUGCAAAGCCGUUUGGAAGAAACAUGCAAAAGAACCAGGAGUCACAAAGGGGUGGUGUUUUGUCCCUAAGUGAUUGGAAUUUGGGGCUAAGGCGUUGUUUUAAAAAAAAGUAAGUUGUUUUCCGUGGACAAAGGCCCUUCGGUGAAGCGGUUUGCCGUUUUUUUGGUUUGGAAGACCAGUCACUUCUUUCGGAUGCUUCUUGAAGUCGGGAAAAACAUGGACAACGAACAUGAAAGACAACACACACGUUUAUGUCGUUUAUGUUUUUUAACUGUGGUUGUAUGAAAUCUAUCUCGAUGGAACACAAUAGAAGUCAAACAGAGUCAAACUACAUUAAUAACUCUGGAUACCAAUCACAAUGUUAUAAUUAAUUAAACAACAAUACAGUAUUAUACUACAAUAUUGUUUCUUUCUACCAAAAACAACCGCUUCCAUUCCUCCGCUUUCGUUCUACUUCAGGCCGCCCUGAAGCGCAGUGAAGAGGAGGCUGCGGCGGUGGCCUCCAUCCCUUUUGAAGCGGUGAUGAGCGUCUCCUACAAUGGCGAGAUCAAGCAAUUCGACAAGACUGGCAAUGUGCUUGAGGCCAUCGGUGUACGCACUCCCAGCAAUCAGAGAUACACCAGCGUGGAAGAUGACAUCAAGCUCUUGGAAAAACUCAAGGAUCCACACAAGCUCAACCUCAACUGCUUUUCAGUGGACUGGGGCUCAAGGAACGUGGUCACAGGCUCAGCGGACCACACGCUGAAACUGUGGAACUUCUAUGGAAAUGUGCUCAGGACCUUCACGGGGCAUUGCAGUGAAGUGCUGUGUGUAGAGGUGGAUUGGAAGAGUCACAGGAUGCUCAGUGGUAGCCUGGGUUCAGAUCUCAAGUUGUGGAGAUUGGAUAGCUCCAGUCCCUUUCGGAGUGUCGAGGGCUCCUGUCCAGGAGGUAUCGGUGCCCUGGCGGUGAACUGGAAGAUGCACAGCGCCAUUUGCGGCUGUGGCGAGCUGUUGGAAGUGUGGGACAUGGCCAGCAAGGGCGAGGAGGACACGACUGCGCCCCAGCGUUUGCAGAUUUUGCGCGGCCAUACUCAGAUGGUGACUGCUAUCCACGUGGACUGGGCGCAGGGCCUCAUUUUGUCGGCGGCCAUGGAUUGCACCUUGCGGCGCUGGGACCUGCGCUCGGGCGAGCUGUUGAAGACCUUUCCGGUGCUAAGCGGCGAGAUCAGGUGCAUGUCGCUGGUGGAUGAUGCGUCGGUGGUCACUGGCGACGAGCGUGGGAAUCUGCAGGUUUGGGAUUUGGAAGGUGGACUCGUCCAACGCGUGCUGACCGCGCACAAGGAAGGAGUCAAUUGCCUCUCACAAGUGCAUGCAGGCCAUUUCAUCAGUGGUGGGAGGGAUGGAAAGCUCAUGUACUGGCGGCUUCAGGAUGGAGCAUGCUUGCAGACGGUGGAAGUGGCCGAAAUCACCGCAGGCGUUUGGGUCAUGGGCAUUGCCGCCCUGCCGGAGCGCAGUCACGGCUCGCGCGAUGACCAGCGGAAGGCCAUGUCGGGUGGUCGCCACAGUGUCGUGCGGUGAGAUGGAAUCCGCCUCGCCGACCGAAGACGAAAGAGUUCCCGUUGACCCGGUUUGGUUGUUUCAACAUGCGAAGAAGGAGAUGUUUGUCCGGUUUUGGUUUGCCCUUUUGGUUCAAU